AUGCCCCUGGCCUGCUACAACCUCUCCAUUCCCUUCUGUGAAAGCAUGAAGUUUAUCGAAAACCCCGACAAUCUGGAAAGUUUCCAGUUCGUGAUGGCCGCUGGAAACGUCCCAUUCUACGCGAGCGACCUUCGGAACACGGAGGGCUGGUUGAAAAAGGAAAACUUUUUCUUCGGAGCCCGGAAAUUCCGAGAUAUUCCCGAGGGGACCAUGGCCUGCCACAUUUGUUCCUAUGCCUGCUGGACUUCGGAGGCGACCGGAGAUUCGGACACCCGCUGUUACUUCCCGGGGCAAGGUGUGCAAGAAGCAGGGGAGCUCUGCUCGGUCGAUUUCAUGGAUUCCAUGACCGCACGCUUUCCCAACUUGGAGGGCUCUCCAGUGGAG